ACUCAGCUGUUCAUCACAGCUGACUACGUUUUAUCAUCGUAACCGUUUCCGAAACUUACAUUUUUACUAAGAAAUAAAAUAAUAGAUAAAUUAAAUAAUGUUAUUAGCGGUUCAACUACGCCGCUUACAGCCAAGUGCGGUUGUCUUGCGUCGAUUUGCAGCAACAUUGCCCAAUAACACAUCGGAGGCCGAAGUUAGUGCGACUGUAAAGCGAAUUCGCGAGGAAUUGUCACAGGAUAAACAACAAUUAAGGUGGCGAACACCAAUCGGCGAUCGUCCUCAAGAUUGGAAUAGUAAGUUGAAAUUGUUCUCGAAUUCGGAACAAACUUCCGAUUUUAUUGUGAUGAUGCAACGACCCAUUGAUCUAAGUCCAAAGACCGUGAAGCAAUGGUGGCAUAAACGACAGGAAACCAUUGAACGGCACAUGCAACAGUUUAUACCCGAACGUCAUAAGAUUCUAGGCCCCGAGCUCGCAGCAGCCCACUUCAUAUUGUAUCGCGGUGGCGCUGCCAAAUUCCUCAACGACCCCAAAUGGCAUCGUGCUUCGGCUGAGGGUGAAUUCAGUUUACCCAACAAAUACGAUACCAGUUUUAAAUUGGAAGCUUUGCGCUGCGACAACAUGCAAUUGUACUACGAAGGUCUGGAGAACUUGCGCUGCUUGGAACAUCUGAAGUUCUUGUCACUGCACAACAUUAAAACCAUCGACGAUUGGUGCUUGGAUCGGGUUUCGGGCAGCGAAUUUCCGCGUCUGGAGGUACUUGAUAUUUCUGGCACCAACAUCACCUACAAUGGUUUGGCGUGUCUUUAUCGACUUUCACAGCUUAAGCUGCUGAUCCUUGAUGAUCCCAAGCAGUCGCUGGAAAUGGAAUUAUCUGCUGCCAUGCUGGAGGCCGCGCUGCCUGCUCUUAAAAUCGUUGCAGCCAACACAAUACAUAGCAUGGAAUAAAGUUGUUUUGAAUUUGAAAA